AUGGCGUCUGUGCCCGUGUCUUCUUGCCUCCCGGGCGCACCUUCGGGUCUUGUCGACUGGACGCGGCACAUGGGCGAAGAUGACUCUACAGAGGUCUACCGCUUUGCGCAGUGGCCGAUUGAAAGAAAAAUCGUUUUCUUCUGGAGUCCCCUCUCCAUCGCGUUCACGAAUCUGAAGCCUGUUGUCCCAGGCCACGUUCUGCUCGUCCCCAAACGCGUUGUGCCGAACUUCCGCCACUUAACAGACGCAGAAGUAAAGGAUUUGUUUGCGAGUGCCCGUCUCGUGGCUUCUCUCCUCACCUCAAAAUAUAAAGCAGAUUCGUACGCAAUCACGCUCCAAGACGGUCGCGAUAGUGGACAAACUGUGUCUCACGUUCAUCUGCACAUCCUUCCUCGGUUCCAAGGCGACUUAGAACGUAAACCUGGCGUCGAUCGAGAAGAACAAAAACCACGAACACGGGACGAUAUGGCAGACGAGGCGACGGCCCUCCGCGAAUGGAUGGUGCACUUGAGCCGAAGCAAAACAGAAACGUACAGUUGA